AUGGCUCGAAAACGCUCCACGUCAAGCGGACCCGGUGCAAACCCUACAUCUCCGAAGCGCCAGCACAGAAACGACGACGAUGCUGACCACGACCCUUCCACACGACGUCCCUCAGGCACGAGCCGAAAGGCCUUUGCCACCACCAGCACCCGUGGACGUGCCAACUCACCAUCAAAGAACGUGACGUUCCCACGAAACCUUGAGCAGGGACGGACACAGAGCAUUGCAGAUCAUCGCCAUCGGAGUCCAGUACGCUCGGCGCUUCGACAGAAAGAGGACGAGGAGGUCUUUAGUGCUGAGGAGGAAGGCUACAAUGAUUCUGCAACCGAGGAGAGCGCGUUCGAUGAGGAUCUGGUCUGUAGUCAAGCAGACCCUUCAUCGCAGCUGAUCGGUGAUAGUCCGCCAAUGGUCGAGUCAUACAGCUCGAAGCUCGACAUGGCAGACAAGUAUGGAGACGUGCAUAUCUGCCAGGAGCUUCAGUGGCUGCAAUGGAAGAUCCACAAGCUUCUGAAGCAAUUCUCGCCAUCGUUCGAAGCCCACGGCAAGGAUGCCGCUGAUGAUCUGUUCGCGAGUGGCAACAGACCCUUUCUCCAGUAUGUAGGUCGUCUCGCGCUUGGUGGGCCGGAUGAUCAGAAGAGCUGGUCGAGGAUGCUCGAAGACGACAGUUGCAGGCGCUCGCUAGCAUGGGCUGUCAUUGGCCAAGUGCUCAAAGAGCAGUGUUUCGAUGUGCUGUGGUUCGGAGCCUCGCCUGAUGAGGAGAGGAAGUUGCGUGAAUAUGAACGGAGUGCUGUUGACAAGGAUGGUUUCCGACGCGCAAACAAUCGCGCAUCGAUUUGCAGGAAGUUCCCAAAGACACAUGCUAGUUCCGAGCAUGCAGGAUCGGACACCUAUACUAUCGCCACCGUGAAGCUUGCCAUGCAUCUGGAACGGAUGGUGGCUCCGCUCUAUCACUCUGCAAUGGGCACAAGCGCGGCACCAACUCGCAUCCACUUCAAAGACAUAGCCAGCUCUGCUGCUAGUAUAAGCCGCAUCCUACGUCUGCAGUCUGAUGUAGUAUACUAUUGGCCACCCACAUUCAAGGACGAAGAAGUCGAACCAGCUCGGAUGGAGUGUCUCAACAUGACAGAUAUGUUGGAGCACAGUCCAUACGUCAAGCAGGACGCAGGACAUGGGCACCCAGUCUUAAGCGAAGACCGCCGUGCAGACAGUCAAGCCAUUGUACAGAUCGUCUGCUUUCCUGGUUUGGUCGCGUAUCGCAAAGGUGGCGGUGGAUUGGCAAAGCAUACACUCGCGCGAGAAGGCCGCCGACCGAGCACCGCACCACCGGAUGUACAACGUGUCCAGCAAAUGAGAGAUGGCCAGUACACCGGACAAGAAGGCAUUCGAACCAAGACGAUCUUGAAAGCAGCGGUCCAUCUGAAGUGGGGUAAGCAGAGGUUGCUCACUAGAGAGGCAGGCACGUCAGCGUUUCUAGAUGCAGUGAGGGAUGGGAGCAGCAAGUAUGUCGACGAUAGCAAAGGGUUUCGCGAGUUUUGGGACUUGUAUGGAGAUUAUGUGGAGGACAAUGAUCCGAAAGCUCUUGCUGCAGCGCGGGCGCAUGAGCGUUUGGUAAACUUUGAUGGCAUGACGCCUGUGAAAAGCAAGCGUCGCGUGUAG